AUGGGAAUACAACCCCAGCAAACAUUUCGGGAGGAAGAGGAGGAGGAGCUUCCAGGCCGUGGAACUACGAUCUCAGGUCAAUCAAUGUCAACUAGCAGAAGUGUUGGGUCACCGUCCAGCCGGAGUGAGCAGACAAUGGCAACACCAGCUAGUGAUAACACCUUUCUUAGGUUAAAUCAUCUUGACAUACAUGGUGAUGAUGCUGGAUCACAGGGCGCAGUUGCUAGCAAGAAGAAAAAGAGAGGCCAACGCGCUGUUGGUGGUGAUAAGAGUGGAAGAGGUCUCCGCCAAUUUAGUAUGAAAGUCUGCGAGAAGGUAGAAAGCAAGGGAAGAACAACUUACAAUGAGGUAGCUGAUGAACUUGUAGCUGAAUUUGCUGAUCCAAGCAAUGGUGUUUCAACUCCUGAUCAGCAACAAUAUGACGAGAAAAACAUUCGUCGAAGGGUGUAUGAUGCUUUGAAUGUUCUCAUGGCAAUGGAUAUUAUUUCUAAGGAUAAAAAGGAAAUACAAUGGAAGGGUCUUCCUCGCACAAGUCUAAGCGAUAUUGAGGAGCUAAAGACAGAGCGUAUGGGGCUAAGGAAUAGAAUUGAAAAGAAAGCGGCCUAUUUGCAAGAGCUGGAAGAACAAUACAUAGGUCUUCAGAAACUUAUACAACGAAAUGAGCAAUUAUAUAGCUCCGGGAAUGCUCCCAAUGGGGGUGUAUCUUUACCUUUCAUUCUGGUGCAGACACGUCCUCAUGCAACUGUUGAAGUGGAAAUAUCAGAAGAUAUGCAGCUUGUGCAUUUUGAUUUCAAUAGCACCCCCUUUGAGCUGCAUGAUGAUAACUAUGUUCUCAAGGCAAUGAAAUUUUGUGAGAGAUCUCAGAAUGAUAACACACCAGACAAUCCUACGGAUGGCGGUGAAGGUUCUAGCAUGUCAAGCUUGUAUCAUGCACAGGUUCCUACUUCAGCUUCAAACCUUCCAACUAGACCUCCUUCAUCUCCACCACUCCCUGGAAUAUUGAAGGCAAGAGUUAAGAACGAGCAUUGA